AGGGCCAACCCACAAGAUAUGUGACUCAAGAAUCCAUUUCACUGAUGCAAGAACAUUUUAAUAAUAUAAACAUGGACCCACUCCCUGAACAUACACUAACAGACACUAGAUCUACUCAUAUUAAGGAGGAAUCAGCCUUAGAUGAUGAAGAAGAACAUCUCACAGACACUCACAUUUAUAAACCCACAGAACAGACACCGACAGAAUAUCCAUCUACUCAUAUCAAAGAGGAAUUGGCCUCAUGUGAAGAGGGAAGUCUUACUGAUUCUUAUUUACUUCUUGAAUAUAGAUCUUUUCAGGUUAAGGAGGAAACUACUUUAUAUGAAGAUGAAACUAAAACAGACAAUGACAUUUAUACACAGAGAGACUAUCCAAAAAUUCAUGUUAAGGAGGAAUCCGCCUCACUGGAAGACGACAAUAACAAAAGCACCAUAAUAUGUAGAUUUAUAGAACAUUCAUCUACAGCUCUUACAAAUCACAAGAACGUAAUACAGAGCAGUAUGAACCUCCGUACAUGCCAUCACCCCAAUGCAAUCGACAGGUUGUACACCUGCUCUGAGUGUCUGAAAUGUUUUGCUUGUAACUCAGAACUUGUUAUCCAUAAGGCAAUUCACAAUGAGAAGAAGUCGACUUCAGAAAUUGGGAAACUGUCCAAUUGCAUAUCCCAAGGCUCUCACUCAGGAGAGAAACUGUUAUUUACAUGUCCGGAGUGUAAUAAAUCAUUUAAUAAUAAGACACAUUUUAAAGUCCACCAAAGAAUUCACACUGGAGAAAAACCGUUCUCAUGUUCUGAAUGUGGGAAAUGUUUUAUACGGAAGGCAGAACUUAUCACUCACCAGAGAAUACACACAGGAGAGAAACCAUUUGCCUGUUCUGUGUGUGGAAAGCGCUUUAGCAAUCGUUCAAAUGUCAUUGCACACCUCAGAAUUCACACAGGAGAGAAACCAUUUUCAUGCUCUGUUUGUGGGAAACGUUUUACUGACCGUUCAGGUUUGAUCACACAUCAGAAGGUCCACACAGGAGAAAAGCCCUUUGCUUGUUCUGACUGUGGGAAAUAUUUUGCCAGUCGUUCACUGCUCAUGAUUCAUCAGAGAACUCACACAGGAGAGACUCCUUACUCUUGUUCUGAAUGUGGGAAAUGUUUUACCUGCAGCUCCAUUCUUGCUGCUCAUUGGAAAAUUCAUACAAAAGAAAAGCCAUUCUCGUGUUCUGCUUGUGGGAAAGCUUUUUCCACUAAUGGAAAUCUCAUGACCCAUCAGAGAAUCCACACAGGAGAGAAGCCCUUCUCCUGUUCUGUUUGUGGUAAAUGUUUUACUGACGGAUCAGGCCUUGCAAUACAUCGGAGGAUUCACACAGGAGAGCAACCUUUUCCUUGUCCCCAGUGUGGGAAAUGCUUUCCUAGUCACUCGCAUCUUGUUAGACACCAGAUAAUUCACACAGGGGAAAAGCCCUUCUCGUGUUCUGAAUGUGGGAAACGAUUCAAGAACAAGGCAAGUCUUGUUACCCAUCAGAGAAUUCAUACUGGAGAGAAACCAUUCUCCUGUUUUGAUUGUGGGAAACGGUUUACUGCUCACUCCGGCCUUCUGGCCCAUCAAAGAAUCCAUACGGGAGAAAAGCCUUUCUCUUGUUCUGAUUGUGGGAAAUGUUUCACUGAUGGGUCGGGGCUUGCAAUUCAUCGGAGGAUUCAUACUGGAGAACAACCUUUCCUUUGUUCUCAGUGUGGAAAAUGCUUCCCAAGCCACUCACAUCUUGUCAGACACCAGAGGGUUCAUACAGGGGAGAAACCUUUCUGGUGUAGAGAUUGUGGGAAAUGUUUCACCAACCCUUCAGGCCUAGUUACUCAUCAGAAGAUCCAUGCUGGAGAUAAACCUUAUGAAUGUUCUGAAUGUGGAAAAUGUUUUGUAUUGAAGGGAUAUUUGACAAGACAUUUGGUCAAACACGCAGGAGAAAAAAAUGUCAAAUAUUAGCUAAAGGUAAACAAAUCAACCGAGAACAUAGUGCAAUUUGUCAUAGUGCAAAUCAUUUCAGAGCUUAAGGCAUCUAUAACUUUUUGAAAAUUAGAAAGCCAACAAUAGUUAACCAAUUUGAGUACCGGUAGUUAGAGGUUUUGUAAUAUUGUCUUGACUGUGUGUGAGCAAAGGGAUCUACAAUUAGUCUUACUUUAUCCUCGUAAGGUAACAUCAGACAUAGAUUUAUGGAUCAGAUAUUUUAGGCCAGUAAUUCUUAACCUGUUCCUCAAGAGCUUAAAAUGGUCCCCGAAUUUAUGAUUCUCUCCUUAUUUUGUUAAAUGGUGGUAUAAACUGACAUGGUUAAUAUUGUGAUUGUAACAGAUCACCUGGCACCCCAACUGGGUACCUCCGUUGAAGGAUGCUCCUAGCGCUUCCUGAAGGCUCCAAGCACUCAACCAGAGACCAUAACCACCGCAGACCCCACGAACCGCCACAGCUUGGUUGGGGUUUCGCCGUCUCCUACCCACCCUGGACCUACGACAAGGCUCCAGGUUCCAGUGGAUGAACCUCUCUUUCCCCAGAGAGUAAAGCAGGAACAAGCUCUUAAAAGAGCUUAGUAAUUAUCCAAGGGAGUAUGAAGAGCAUAGCAAUCCCUUGUAGCUGUUUCCCCCAAUAAGAGACAGGACUCGAAAUUGAGGGUGAAGUAGAACUGGUUUAAUGAGCACAAAGGCAUUUCUUAUAUACAGUUUUCCCCACAAGGUUACCACCCACGUGGACCUUGUGGAGCACAGGACACAAAGUCACAACAGCCAAUCAACAAAGUAUUGUACAGUCAGACACUCCCAGCUAAUGUACACAAACCCUCCCCUCUACCUGUGAUACAAUUACCAAACACAAUGGACUUACUCAAUUACCACAGGCAGAAAAUAUCAAGUUUUACCCAAAGUCCAGAAACACCCCAAUACAACAACAUAUCCCCACAAAUAUAAAUCCAUGGAUAGCCCUGAUCUGGGUGAACAACAUAUCCAAAAAUCAUCCAGAUCAGAGCAGGGGUUCAAAAGUUUUAUGGAAGUCACAUUUGACCGACCAGUCUAUCUCCUCCUCUAUCCUGGAGAUAAUUGGCUUAAGUGGCUGUGGUAACUUAAUUAUCUCCAGUAAC